AUGCCAGAGCGGGCAGCGGAUGGCGGGCGGCUCCCACCGCCCGAGAAGGUCAAGGCGCUGUUUGAUCGAGGCGACCCCGAGAGUGAGAACGCCGCGCCGUGGGCGCGGCGCUUGGAGGAGGCUGGCGUGACGGGCCCCGGCGUCCCGCCCACGGGAGACUCUCCGCCGCUGUGGCCGGCCGGGCCGGCCCCGCAGAACCCGCGCACGAAUGUGCUCGCCAUGUGGGCGGUCAAUUUCUUCAUCGCCUCUUGGUUCCAGUCCGGCGUGCUGACCGACGGCGAGCACUACACCCGCAACUUCUCGGGCGACUUCGACAUGGGGUACGUGUACGGGCAAACCAAGGAGCAGCAGGCCUUUCUGAUGAACAAGGAGGACGGCACCGUCCGCGUCAACUCCUCGGGCAGGCCGCUGCGAUACAUGGACGCCGACAAUGGCCCCUUCUCCCCGGAGUCUCGCGAGACGCUCAAGGCAUGCCUCACCCCUCACACACGCCACACCCUCGCCCGUUUCGGCAAGCUCGAAGCCAACGUCUGGGCCUCGGGCAGCAACCACACGAACGUGCACGUGGGGAUGUACUUCAUGCUCGCUUGCGCCCAGUCGGUACACAACGUGCUGGCGGUCGAGAUUCGCAAGAUGCACCCCGAGUUUGACGGGCCGCGGAUCUUCGAGAGCACGAAGCAGCUCGUCACCUUCCUCUUCUUUCAGGUGGUCCGUCGCGAGUACGUCGGCUUCCUCAACGGCGGCACUGUGGGCGAGGUCAACGCUCAGGUCGCGGCCCUCAACGUUCCGCUCAACCGCUACUCGCCGAUGGUCGCCGGCCUGAACGUGGCCAAGCAUCUGAAAGGCGACUUGUUCACGGGCGCCUCGGCGGGUCUCGAGUACGAAACGUCGUACAUGUGGCACGCCAUGCCGCCAGAGGAGCUUGGCCCGCUCGGGUCGUAUUCCGAGAAGUGGAUCGCCAAGCCCGGCAACUGGACCGACGCCGCGACGGGCCCGACGCUGCGUGAGCUUUUGCACGCGGCGCAAGUCGCGCCAUCCUCGCUCCAGACCCUCGGCAACACCCCCUCCUACCUCCUCAACUUUGAGAUGAAGGUUGUCGAGCGCAGCCGCGGGCAGCGCGUGGGGUCGUUCAACCAGGUGCGCGCAGCAAUCCACCUCCCUCCCAUCACCAGCUUCGACCAGUUUGCCGCACCGUGGGACGCGAAGCUCGCCGCCGUCUACGAGCACCCGGACGACAUCGACCUCUACGUGGGCUACAAUGCUCCGGUGAAGGGCGAGUACGACCCGGAGCGCUCGUUCAUGACGCAGAGCAUGAAGCGUAUCGUGUCGACGCUUGUCUUCACCAUCGCCAUGCAGGAGCAGGACUGCCUCCGGAUGGUGCCGAGGGACGUCUGGGCGCGCUUCAAGGACAUGGACCUGUACUCCAUCUGCGCGACUGCGAUUGCAGCCGACCCCGCAAGCAUCGCGCAGCCGGGGCCAAACCAGCCGCUUCCGCCCGCCUCGUACUCGGACCAGGGCGUGACCAUGUUUUACCCCGUGCAUGCUUGA